GACGGCUCCCCGCGCCGUGGUCUGCGGGGUUUCUGGACGAGCGUCUCGGUUGGGUGUGAGUGGGCGCCCGCAGAGGCGCCGAAAGAGAAGGUGGGGAAUCUCGGGACUCCCAGGCCGCCCCAGAAAUGAUUCACGAGCUGCUCUUGGCGCUGAGUGGGUACCCAGGGUCCAUUUUCACCUGGAACAAGCGGAGUGGCCUGCAGGUUUCCCAGGAUUUCCCGUUUCUUCACCCCAGUGAGACUAGUGUCCUGAAUCGACUCUGCAGGCUUGGCACAGACUACAUUCGAUUCACUGAGUUCAUUGAGCAGUACACAGGCCAUGUGCAGCAACAGGAUCACCAUCCACCCCAGCAGGGCCAAGGUGGGCUACAUGGGAUCUACCUGAGGGCCUUCUGCACAGGGCUGGAUUCAGUUUUACAGCCUUAUCGCCAAGCACUGCUUGACCUGGAACAAGAGUUCCUGGCUGACCCACAUCUCUCCAUAUCACAUGUCAAUUACUCCUUAGAUCAGUUCCAGCUCCUUUUUCCCUCUGUGGUGGUUGUAGUGGAGCAAAUUAAAGGCCAAAAGAUUCAUGGCUGUCAGAUCCUGGAAACAGUUUACAAACAUAGCUGUGGGGGUUUGCCUCCGGUUCGAAGUGCACUGGAAAAAAUCCUGGCUGUAUGCCAUGGAGUCAUGUAUAAACAGCUCUCAGCCUGGAUGCUGCAUGGACUCCUCUUGGACCAGCAUGAAGAGUUCUUUAUCAAACAGGGUCCAUCUUCUGGUAAUACCAGUGCCCAGGCGGAAGAGGAUGAAGAGGAUCUGGGGAUUGGAGGGCUGACAGGAAAGCAGCUGAGAGAGCUGCAGGACCUGCGCCUAAUUGAGGAAGAGAACAUGCUGGCCCCAUCUCUAAAGCAGUUUUCCCUGCGAGUGGAGAUUUUACCAUCCUACAUUCCAGUGAGGGUUGCUGAAAAAAUCCUCUUUGUUGGAGAAUCUGUCCAGAUGUUUGAGAAUCAAAAUGUGAACCUAACGAGGAAAGGGUCCAUCUUGAAGAACCAGGAGGACACUUUUGCUGCAGAGCUGCAUCGGCUCAAGCAGCAGCCACUCUUCAGCCUCGUGGAUUUUGAGCAGGUGGUGGAUCGAAUUCGUAGCACUGUGGCUGAGCACCUCUGGAAGCUAAUGGUAGAGGAGUCAGACUUACUGGGUCAGCUGAAGAUCAUUAAAGACUUUUACCUUCUGGGACGAGGAGAACUGUUCCAGGCCUUCAUUGACACAGCUCAACACAUGUUAAAAACACCACCCACUGCAGUGACAGAACAUGACGUGAAUGUGGCCUUUCAACAGUCGGCACACAAGGUGCUGCUAGAUGAUGACAACCUUCUUCCUCUGCUGCACUUGACAAUCGAGUAUCAUGGAAAGGACCACAAAGCAGAUGCCACCCAGCCAAGAGAAGGGCCUUCUCGGGAAACGUCUCCCAGGGAAGCCCCUGCUUCCGGCUGGGCUGCUCUGGGUCUCUCCUACAAAGUACAGUGGCCACUGCAUAUUCUCUUCACCCCAGCUGUCUUGGAAAAGUACAAUGUUGUUUUCAAGUACUUACUGAGUGUGCGCCGUGUCCAAGCUGAACUGCAGCACUGCUGGGCUCUCCAGAUGCAGCGUAAGCACCUCAAAUCUAACCAGACAGAUGCAGUCAAGUGGCGCCUAAGAAAUCACAUGGCCUUCUUAGUAGAUAAUCUUCAGUACUAUCUCCAGGUAGAUGUGCUGGAGUCUCAGUUCUCACAGCUUCUUCAUCAGAUCAAUUCUACACGGGACUUUGAAAGCAUCCGAUUGGCACAUGAUCACUUCCUAAGCAAUUUGCUGGCCCAGUCCUUUAUUUUGCUGAAACCUGUGUUUCACUGCCUGAAUGAAAUCCUAGAUCUCUGUCACAGUUUUUGUUCACUGGUCAGUCAGAACCUGGGUCCACUGGAUGAGCGGGGAGCUGCCCAGCUGAGCAUUCUUGUGAAGGGCUUUAGUCGUCAGUCUUCACUCCUGUUCAAGAUUCUUUCCAGCGUUCGGAAUCACCAGAUCAACUCAGAUUUGGCUCAAUUACUGCUCCGGCUAGAUUAUAACAAGUAUUAUACCCAGGCUGGUGGAACACUGGGCAGUUUUGGGAUGUGAAAACUGGUUCAUAAAAUGAACUGACAGUCCUACCACGUUCUGAUGUCUGUAGCAAACCUCCCCAGUCAUCCGUCAGAUGCCUGCAGACUGGUAAAAGGAAAGGAUGCUACCUUUUCUUCUAGAAGCAGUCCAGAGGUAUAAAUCCUUCCUACCAUUCCUGUAGGGAAACUGGCUGGGGCCAGCUCUCUCUCCGCUCUCCACUCAAAGGCUUUGAUCUUUUACACUAAGACAUCUGUUGGGUGGGUUCAUUUGUGCAACAGUGGUGUAUUGAGCAUUUACUAUGUCCCUAUGGACUCUGUGGAAGAUACCACAGAAAACAAUUGGUAUCAAUAAAAUAUGUUUAGGUUUGGUUCAUAUGUUAAGAGAGGAAUCAUGCUUAUGAACAGGUCAACAUCUAGAUGUCACCACCAAAUUAGAAAAGACUUAAGAACCAGUCGGUGGUGGUGCACACCUUUAAUCCCAGCACUGAAGGCAAAGGCAGGCAGGUCUCUGUGAGUUCGUACCCAGCUUAGUCUACACAGUGAGUUCCAGGACAGCCAAGGCUACACAGAGAAACCCUGUCUCGAAAAGCCAAUUAAAAAAAAAAAAAGACCUAAGACAGGCUGUGGGCUUUCCCUCCUCUGUACCACGUAAUUUAUAACUACACAGAUUAUCUUUAUUCUUCAGAAAUUUAAGAUUUGAGAGCCUCCUUCCUUUAAGGAUACUCAGUCUGAUCUCAAGAAUUCAGCCAGUAGGUUCUAAUUCUUUCAGACUGAUAGAGGGGCAGUUCUAGCUAAAGAGGAUAGAGGUCAAAUUGUUCCGAUUUUAGAUACUGAAAACUACAAACUUAGUUUCCCCACCUUAGACAGACCACGGCGAGUUAAGGUUAUGCUGAGAGUGCGGUCACUAAUGUUCACAGCAGUGUAAACAAAGGAGAUACUCCAUUAACACACCUUCCCUCCAGGUGGACAAGAAUGAGGUGUUCAGGCCUCAGUUUGUAGUCACUGAACGUUCUCUUCAUCUACAUAUUCUACCACCCACUAUGAAAGCCUGUACUUGUCGAUUACAGAGGAUCCCUUCCAUUGUUACCUCUAGGAGCAAAGCGUGGCAGAUAUUGGCCUACUGCUUGUUUUCAUAAAUAAAGUAUUGUUCAAACAGCCA